CACUGAGUUUUUUGGGAACCAGAGUGAUGCUUCUGUGUAUUUCACAUUACCUCAGUUUCCUGUAUGAGUUUCUGCUGCUUCCUCUUCUGUGUUGUGCAGAUAUUUUCUGUUGCUGGAGUUAUUUUCUUCUGCAUCGUUCCUGUGUGCACUGCUUUGGAGAACCUCUCUGCUCCAUUACUGGAUGUAAGGCCCUGAUCCAGGAUGAACGAAUGCCACUAUGAUAAACGUAUGGACUUUUUUUAUAACAUGAGCAACACUGACACAGUAGAUGAGUGGUCAGGGACAAACCUUGUUAUUGUUUUAUGUUUUGGGACCUUCUUCUGCCUGUUUAUUUUUAUUUCAAAUUCACUGGUCAUAGCAGCUGUGGUCAAAAACAAAAGAUUUCAUUUCCCCUUCUACUAUCUGCUAGCCAAUCUAGCUGCUGCAGACUUUUUUGCUGGCAUUGCCUAUGUAUACUUGAUGUUCAACACUGGCCCUGUGUCCAAAACGCUAACUGUUAACCGAUGGUUUUUGCGUCAGGGGCUUCUGGACACCAGCCUGACAGCUUCUCUGGCUAAUUUAUUUGUGAUAGCUGUUGAGCGACACAUGUCAGUAGUGCGGAUGAGGGUUCACAGUAACCUCACAAAGAAAAGAGUCACUUUUUUAAUUUUAUUGAUCUGGGCCAUUGCUAUUUUUAUGGGGGCUGUGCCUACUUUGGGUUGGAACUGCCUUUGCAAUAUCUCAACCUGUUCUUCCCUGGCUCCUAUUUAUAGCAGAAGUUAUCUGAUAUUCUGGACUGUCUCCAAUCUAGUUGUUUUCUUCAUUAUGGUGGUGGUUUACCUAAGAAUCUACAUGUACGUCCAGAGGAAAACUAAUGUCUUAUCUCCACACACUAGUGGAUCCAUCAGCCGUAGGAGGACACCAAUGAAGCUUAUGAAGACAGUCAUGACCGUCUUAGGUGCAUUUGUUGUCUGUUGGACCCCUGGGUUGGUGGUUCUGCUGCUUGAUGGUCUGAACUGCACUCAUUGUGGGGUUCAGCAUGUGAAAAGAUGGUUCCUUCUCCUGGCCUUGCUCAACUCUGUCAUGAAUCCAGUCAUUUACUCUUACAAAGAUGAUGAAAUGUCCAACACCAUGAGACGGAUCAUGUGCUGCUCUUCUGAUGAUAAAAACCAGGAGAGACGAUCUUCAAGGAUUCCUUCAACAGUGCUCAGCAGGAGCACAGAUACUACCGGUCAAUAUAUUGAAGACAGCAUUAUUCAAGGGACUAUCAGUGGCAAAGGAAACUCAUGAGCUAACCUGGGAUAUAUUUUUCCUAAGAGAUAUGGGGUAGGAGGGGAGUGGCUUGUAACAGAAGAUCAUUAAUAUGUUCACUCUGUUCCAAAGCCCAAACUCCUCAGUGUUACGUGAAGUCCUUGUAAAUAAUUACCCAAAGGGAAAAUACAUUGUAUUGAAGAAAAAAACUUUCUGUGCUUUUUUUUUUUUUUUUUAAGUACAAGAGAUUGUCUUCCCUAUAAGAGGAAUAAACUUGUUGAGAGAGACUUUCUAUGCAUGGAAACAAAAUACAAACAAUAUAAUGGAACUCUCCUUGCUAGACACCUGCAGGACACUUUUGGGGCUGGUAGGCCAGAAAUGUGCCCUGUUUGCUCCCUCUGUUUACAAAAUGUAUAUACCAAUUCAUACAUACCCCUCUCCCCACUUCAGCACAAAUAAUUCAAUACGCCCUUAAAACAAGUUAAUGCCAGCAACUUGGCAGUCAAGGGCAAGUCUAUAAUAGCAAUCCAUGGUGUGCAUGUGCAACUGCCCCCACCAUGGGUUGUUGGCAGAGGUAGAACACUACCAAAAGCACAAGCCACUACUACUUGAGUAGCAGGAGUGAUUGCACUAGCUGGAAGUAAUAAGUCCUUUUCCCACCUUCUGGGCCAAUGGGCAAGAUCACAUGCACAUGUGAAUUCUGGACAUUAUUGGGUGGGAAAUGUGGCUGAAAAUAGAUUUCAGUUUCAAAUUUUUACAACAAAAAUGCCAUGAACAAAGCCUGUUUAAUAUGAAUGAAUUUAUAUUUUUGCUGUUUUUUUUUUUAAAAGCCAGGUGUGUUGGAACGAUACAAGCCAGAAUAUGAAUGGAUCUCUCAUACACUGUAAAAAAAAUCAGACUGGACCACAUUUAAUCCUCUGAUUUAGAGCUGAGGAUCUUGGGGGAGAGGCCAUGAGACUGCAGACAAUGAAGACUUAGAUUAAAAAUAAGAAUUUGUUAUUAGUGACUAAUCACAUUUAAUGUGUGGAAUAAUUUCCAUUCUUUGUGUUUUUAAAAGUGGCUGUAUUACCUGUGGAUUGUGUUUAGAUCAGGGACAUAUUUAAAGUUCUAGGGCAACUAUUUCAGAAAUGGUCCCUAAUUUUUGCAUGUCUCAGUGUUUGGGAGCCCAACUUUUGAAGCCCCUUCGGCCUGAGUUUCAGAAGUACUGAGCCCUGCAAAUCCUUUUAAGGUCAACGGAGCUGUGGGCGCUCAGCACUACAGAAAGGCAGGCCCAAAGAAUCUUAAGCUGAUCAAUCAAGAUCAGAGUGCCUUCAGAGAACAAACUCAAUAGCAGAUGAUGUAAUGUUGAAAGAUAAUGUAACCUAUUAAUCGUAGAACUGGAAGGGACCUUGAGAGGUCAUCUAGUCCAGUCCCUUGCACUCAAGAUAGGACUAAGUAUUAUCUAGACCAUCCCUGACAGGUGUUUGUCCAACCUGCUCUUAAAAAUCCCCAAUGAUGGAGAUUCCACAACCUCCCUAGGCAAUUUAUUCCAGUGCUUAACAGUUAGGAAGUUUUUCCUAAUGUCCAACCUAAACCUCCCUCGCUGCAGUUUAAGCCUAUUGCUUCUUGUCCUGUUGUCAGAGGUUAAGAAGAACAAUUUUUCUCCUUCCUCCUUGUAACAGCCUUUUAGGUACUUGAAAAUGGUGAUCAUGUCCCCUCUCAGUCUUCUCUUCUCCAAACUAAACAAACCCAAUUUUUUAAAUCUUCCUUCACAGGUCAUGUUUUCUAGACCUUUAAUCAUUUUUGUUGCUCUUUCUCUAGACUUUCUCCAAUUUGGCCACAUCUUUCCAGAAAUGUAGGGCCCAGAACUGGACAUAAUAUUCCAGUUGAGGCCUAAUAAGGCUGGAGUAGAGUGGAAAAAUUACUUCUCGUGUCUUGCUUACAGUACUCCUGCUAAUACAUCCCAGAAUGAUGUUUGCUUUUUUUGCAACAGCAUUACACUGUUGACUCAUAUUUAUCUUGUGAUCUACUAUGACCCCCAGAUCCCUUUCUGCAGUACUUCUGUGGUCAGGAUGUGGUCAGAUUCUGCUUUUGAUUCCACCCAUGCAUUGACAUCAGUGGGUUGUAUUGGUGGAAGUGAGACUAGAAUUUGGAUCAGAGGAUAUAGUAGCAAUGCUAUGUAAGCUAUUAAGGAUCUUUAUGUUAAAUAAGGACCAGAUUCCAAAAACCCUGUGUAGUAUGGGCAGUUCUUAGUCACUUAGGUAGUCCUAUUACUGGGUUGUAGGUGUGGCCCCUAACAUUUCAAAGUAAAUAGUGUAUUUAUAUAAUUCGCUAAAAAGGUUUACACUUGUAUUUUUACCAUUGUAAUGAAAGCUUUUGUGCAAAGACUACUUCUGUGGUUUGGUAGUUGUGAAGGUUUGAAAAGCGUUUUUUUUUUUUUUUUUAAAGCGGUGAUGGCACUAUAAAGACAUGAGAUGCAAAUAUUAACGCCUAUAGACUUACUUUUUACAUACGGUUUAUAAUACUAGGCUGAAGCUCAUACACAAAGCUACCCAAAAAUAAAAUGCUUCUUUAAAAUAAAGUAUGCAUUUUGUUUCAUGUUUGGUUAGCUUUCCUACUACAGCAAAAAUGAAUACUCUCGAUAUUUUAUAUUCCUAUAGGUCCUUCAGAGUAGUCAAAGCUUGACAUAAGAGUGGAAAAUGGAAAUUAAUUCCUGCCCCUGAAUAACCACAAGGAAUAUUUGUUUUAUUUCAGUAGAAUUAUCAUAUUUAUUAAUAGAAGUGUCUACAAUCAUAGCUGGGUCACCCCUAAAAAAGGAUUCGAUUUAAACAGCAGAAAAUCCCCGUGUGUUGAUCAGGGCCAUAUUUAAAGCUCUAGGCUAGGAUUUUCAAAAAUAGUCUAACUUUGGGUGACUCACUUCUUGCAAAUCCAACUUUUGAAGCAUCUUGAGGAAAAAUUAAUCUAAGGGACUAAAAUAGCCUUACAGAGUUUCCUCUCUCUUCCAUUGGGAACAUGGGAGUUGGUGUUCAAAACCUCCAUAUCUGGACACUUUUUUUUAGGUAAGCAGGACUAGAUUGCAAGCUCUUUGGGGAAGGAGCUGUCUUAUUUUAUAUUUGUACAGCAUCUAGCAAAAUGCACUCCCAAGAAGGAUCAAGCUCUGAGAGCUAUCAUAACGCAAAUAAUAAAUAAUACCCUUAGUGGAAGGAGUCCAAAGGUGGUAUUUCCACUCUCCCAACCAAGAAAAAAGUGGCUUGAAAACUGUAAUAUCAAAAGUCCUCUCAGUUAUAUGGUGUACCCUCCAUUUUACCAUUACAUUUCCCAGACAGAGCUGCUGUUAUUCUGUUACUCUUCUUUACUUUAAAAAAUAUUUACAUUAGAUUCCCUGGGACAGUAAACUAACAUUAUACGAACCUUCUAGUCCCAUUUGAAGACUUGUCCUCUAUACCCUUUUGCUUUUCUUCUUUCUGGGCUUCACCAUACUCCAAGCUCUGAGGUUAUUCAAUAUUCAUGGAAUCAUAGAAAUGUAGGGUUAGAAGGUGACCUUGAGAGGUCAUCAAGUCCAUCCGCCUGCACCGAAGCAGGACUAAGUAAACCACCUAGACUAUCGCUGACAGGUGUGUCCAACUCUAACCUAUUCUUAAAAACCUCCAAUGUUGGAGAUUCUGCAACCUCCCUUGGAAGCCUGUUCCAGAGCUUAACUAACUUUAUAGUUAGAAAGCUUUUCCUAGUAUGUGACCUAAAUCUCUCUUGUUGCAGAUUAAUCUGAUUACUUCAUGUCCUGCCUUCAGAGGACGUGGCAAACAACUAAAUAACUCCUCGUUAUGACAGCCCUUAAGAUAUUUGAAGACUAUUAUUAGGCCAGCCCCACAGUUGUCUAUUCUCAAGCCUAAACAGGCCAAGUUUUUUUUUAACCUGUUUUAUAUGUUAGGUUUUCUAAACUUUUUAUCAUUUUUGUUGCUCUCCAGUUGGGCGCUCUCCACUUUGUCUACAUUUUUCCUGAAGUGUGGUGCCCAGAAUUGGAUACAGUGCUCCAGCUGAGGCCUCACCACUGCUGAGUAGAGUGAGACAAUUACCUCCCAUGUCUUACAUAUGACUGACAUUCCCCUGGUGUUAUCUGGACCAGUGAUCUGCCAGGUCACUCCAAUCCUCGACUCUGGGAACCAGCCUUACCCUGCUCUGCUGUGAGAACCCCCACUCCUGGGUUGUUCAUGCACAGCCUCUAGCAUGUGUGUUGCCCACUGACGUAGCUGGGAGCACUUUUGUCCAGCUGCUGCUUGGAUUGUGCAACUGAAUGACACUAGCCAAUAUCUCCGGUCCCAGGCACGACCCUAGGAACCUCCGUCGUGCAGUGUCCAGUUAUACCUGCUGGAUGCUGCAAGCUUAUGAGAGUUUGUCAAUUUAACAAAGAAAUUGAUAUGUACCAGGCUUGUUAUCCCAAGGGGAGCCUCUGACGUGGUUCAAACCAAAUGCACUGCUUCAGUAGAAUGAACACACAGAUUUAUUAACUACAAAGAUAGAUUUUAAGUGAUUAUAAGUUAAAGCACAAGAAGUCAGAUUUGGUCAAAUGAAAUAAAAGGAAAAUACAUUUUAAGCUGAUCUUAACACUUUCAGUGCCCUUAUAAACUUAGAUGCUUCUCACCAUAGGCUGGCUGGUUGCCCAUCAGCCAGGCUCUCCCCUUUGAUCAGCACUUCAGUUCCUUGAUGCUGGUGUCUGUAGAUGGAGGUGGGAGAGAGAGGAAGAGCAUGGCAAACAUCUCUCCCUUUUAUCAUGUUCUUUCUUCCUUCUUGGCUUUCCCCACCACCACCCCUUCAGGUCAGGAGAGCAUUACCUCAUCGUAGUCCCAAACUAACCAAGAGAAGGGGGGUGACUCACUCCAGAGUCCAACAGAUCCUUUGUUGCUGCCUAGGCCAAUGUCUUUUGUUCCUGUGAGGCUGGCUGGGUGUAGGCACACCUGAUGAGGUGUGAACUGCCCCUCUGUUCCUGGAGAGUUUUGCCUGGGUUUGUUUUAAGCCACGAGGACACAUUUUCAGCCUCAUAACUAUAUACAUGAAAUUACAACCUAUAACAUUACCAUAACAAUGCUCAGUGCAUCAUGAGCCUUCUGAAGACAUCCAACAUAGACUCAUAGACUUUAAGGUCAGAAGGGACCAUUAUGAUCAUCUGGUCUGACCCCCUGCAUGUUGCAGGCCACAAAGCCGUCCCUACCCUUUCCCUUGACUCUGCUGUUGAAGUCCCCAAAUCCUGUGGCUUAGUGACUUCAAUUGGCAGAGAACCCUCCUGCGAGUGAUCCCUGCCCCAUGCUGCGGAGGAAGGCGAAAAACCUCCAGGGCCUCUGCCAAUCUACCCUGGAGGAAAAUUCCUUCCCGACCCCAAAUAUGGCGAUCAGUAAAACCCCGAGCAUGUAGGCAAGAGUCUCCAGCCUGACCCUCGUUGGCCAUUAUACUAUUUACCUACCAAGGCACGGUAUUCAUUUGGCUAAAAUCAUGUUUUUCCAUUAAACCAUUCCCUCCAUAAACUUAUCUAACUUAAUCUUGAAAACAGACAGGUCCUUCGCCCCCACCGUUUCCCUCGGAAGGCUGUUCCAAUAUUUCACCCCUCUGACCGUCAGAAACAUGACAAACUUUGCAAUGGAUACCACACAAUCAUAUUAUAAGGAUGAACAUGGGGGUGCAGGGUGGUCCCUCAAGAUACAGAGUGUCACAAUGACACUCCUGUUACACCCCAGAAUGUUAGCCUUUUUCACAGCUGCAUUACAUUGGUGAGAGACAAGGUGGGUGAGGUGUAAUAUCUUUUAAUUUACCAAAUUCUGUUUGAGAGAGAGAAGCUUUUGAGCUAGACAGAGGAAGAACUCUGCAUUACAUUGUUGACUCAUAUUCAAUGUGUGAUCCACUAUAAUCCCCAGAUCCUUUUCAGCAGUACUACCACCUAGACAGUUAGUCCCUAUUUUGUAGUUAUGUAUUUGAGUUUUCCUUCCUAAGUAAUAUAUUUUGCACUUGAAAUUCAAUAAAACAUUUUGUUGAUUUCA